UCUCUUUUUAUAUUCGCCUUACAUAAAUAUAUCAAAAUGUUUAAGGGUAUUGCUGAUGGACUACUUGGGCAUCAUAGCUCAAAGAAAGUUAGAGGAAAUGUUGUGAUGAUGAAAAAGAAUGCUUUAGACUUUACUGAUAUAGCUGGUUCUGUUGUUGAUAGUGUUUUUGAUGUCCUUGGCCAAAAAGUCUCUUUCCAAUUGAUCAGUUCUGUUCAGCUUGAUCCAGCAAACAAUUCAAAAGGGAAACGCAGCAAUCCAGCCUACUUGGAGUCGGGGCUGACUAGUUUAAUCCCAUUCGCAUCAGCUGAAUUAACCUUUGGUGUGACAUUUGAUUGGGAUGAGGAGUUUGGAGUCCCAGGUGCAGUCCUCGUAAGGAAUAAUCAUCUCAAUGAGUUCUUUCUCAAGUCACUCACACUUGAAGAUGUGCCUAAUCAUGGCAAGGUUCAUUUUGUUUGCAAUUCUUGGAUUUAUCAAGCUAGUAAAUACAAGUCAGAACGCAUUUUCUUUGCAAAUCAGUCAUAUCUUCCUAGUGAAACACCAAAAUCUUUGCUCAAAUACAGAGAAGAUGAGUUGGUAAACUUACGAGGAAAUGGAAAAGGAAAGCUUGAGGAAUGGGAUAGAGUUUAUGACUAUUCUUUGUACAAUGACUUGAGCAAUCCAGAUGAAGGUGAACAACAAAUCAGACCUAUCUUGGGAGGUUCUAUUGAGUAUCCGUAUCCUCGGAGAGGAAGAACAAGCAGAUCACCAACACGAAGAGAUCCUAAAAUUGAAAGCAGGCUUCCACUUGUUCUGAGCUUAAACAUCUAUGUACCGAGAGAUGAGCGUUUUGGUCACUUGAAGAUGGCAGACUUCCUUACUUACGCUUUGAAAUCUUUAUCUCAAUUCAUCGUCCCUGGAGUAACUGGUACUAUUGAUGGCACCCCUAAUGAGUUUGAUAGUUUUGAGGAUAUACUUAGACUAUAUGAUCGAGGAAUCAAACUUCCUCAAGGCCCUUUAUUCAAAUCUUUCACUGGUAACAUUCCUCUGCCGAUGGUAAAAGAACUCCUUCGAACUGAUGGUGAAGGAAUAAUGAAGUUUCCGACUCCUCUAGUUAUUAAAGAAGAUAAAACUGCAUGGAGGACUGAUGAAGAAUUUGCAAGAGAAAUGCUAGCUGGAGUUAAUCCUGUCAUAAUUUCUGGACUCCAAGAAUUUCCUCCAAAAAGCAAGCUGGAUCCUAAUGUAUAUGGAAAUCAAAAUAGUACAAUUACUAUACAACACAUUGAGGAUAAGUUGGAUGGACUUACAAUUGAUGAGGCAAUCAAGACUAAUAAACUUUUCAUAUUGGACCACCAUGAUAUGAUUAUACCAUAUUUGAGGAGGAUAAACACCACAACAACCAAAACCUAUGCCUCAAGAACUUUUCUCUUAUUGCAAGAUAAUGGAUCUUUGAAGCCAUUAGCAAUUGAAUUAAGUUUGCCACAUCCCGAUGGAGAUCAAUUUGGUGUUGUUAGCAAAGUAUAUACACCGUCUGAUCAAGGUGUUGAUAGCUCCAUCUGGCAAUUGGCCAAAGCUUAUGUUGCAGUUGUUGACUCAGGUGUUCAUCAACUAAUUAGUCAUUGGUUGAAUACACAUGCAGUGAUUGAGCCAUUUGUGAUUGCAACAAAUAGACAAUUAAGUGUGCUUCAUCCCAUUCAUAAGCUUCUAAAUCCUCAUUUUCGAGACACAAUGAAUAUAAAUGCUAAUGCAAGACAAAUUCUAAUCAAUGCUGAGGGAGUUCUUGAGAGUACAGUUUUUCCUUCGAAAUAUGCUAUGGAAAUGUCGUCUGUGGUUUACAAAAGCUGGAUUUUCCCUGAUCAAGCACUUCCGGCUGAUCUUGUUAAAAGGAAAGUGGCAGUUGAGGAUUCCAGUUCUCCACAUGGAGUUCGUCUAUUGAUACAAGACUAUCCAUUUGCUGUCGAUGGUUUAGAAAUAUGGUCAGCAAUCAAAAGUUGGGUGACAGAAUACUGUAAUUUCUACUACAAAGCGGAUGAUACGAUCCUGAAAGACACUGAACUCCAAGCAUGGUGGAAGGAACUCCGCGAAGAGGGACAUGGCGAUAAGAAAGAUGAACCCUGGUGGCCUAAAAUGCAAACACGUCAAGAGCUAAUCGAUUCAUGUACCAUCAUCAUAUGGGUAGCUUCUGCACUUCAUGCAGCAGUCAAUUUCGGGCAAUAUCCUUAUGCAGGUUACCUCCCAAAUCGCCCUACAUUAAGUCGAAGAUUUAUGCCAGAGCCUGGAACUCGUGAGUAUGAAGAGCUGAAGAGAAAUCCUGAUAAGGCAUUCCUGAGAACAAUCACCGCUCAAUUGCAAACAAUGAUUGGUGUUUCCCUUAUAGAGAUUUUGUCUAGGCAUAGUUCAGAUGAGAUUUACCUCGGACAACGAGACUCCCCUGAAUGGACAAAGGAUCAAGAACCCCUGGAUGCUUUUGAUAGAUUUGGAAAGAUGUUGAGUGAAAUUGAAAAUCGAAUUAUACAAAUGAAUGGUGACGUCGAUACAUGGAGAAACAGGACAGGGCCUGUUAAGGCUCCAUAUACAUUGCUUGUUCCAUCAAGUGAAGGUGGACUUACAGGCAAAGGAAUUCCCAACAGUGUGUCAAUAUAGACACCGCCAUGAGAAUAAGGUCAUCGACAGUGGAUGAAGAAAGCUGGAGUCUCAAUAAAUCGUGUGAUGAAUUUCCGUUAAGUGUGAUUCCUCUAAGUCUACUUUAUUUCCGUUUCAACCAAUCUUGUAAUUCUUAUUCAGUAUGUUGUGAGAAUAAUGCAAAUAAUUCCAGCCUAAAAUGCAAAAGUUUUUUAGUGAUUUCUACUCAACCGUCUAUAUCUGACAUGUACCCAC